UUUUCCAAUCCCGCGGCCCCGUCUCAUCUCCUCCCCGCGCCCGCGCCCUCGCGGCCGCGCGGGCACCACCCGCCAGAAGCGCAGCCGACCGGCCAGGAUGGCAGCGGGGCCGACCCCAUCCGCCACGGCGGCGUCGUUCCGGCCGCCGCCGCCGUGCUUCGACUACCGCGCGGCCGUGCUCGCCGACACGCGCGCCGCGGCGGCGGCGGCGGGCGACCCGGCGCUGGCCGCGCUGGUCGACUCCGGCGCGCUCGUGCGCGUCCCGCGGCGGCGGUUCGGCCCGGUCCCGGCGUGGCGCCCCCCGGACUUCGUGGAGCCCGAGGAGGUCUGGAUCCUCGGCACGUCGCACCUCUCCCCGGACUCCGUCGCCGACGUCGAGCGCGUCCUCCGCGCCGUCCAGCCCGAUAACGCCGUCGUCGAGCUCUGCCGGAGCAGAGCUGGGAUUAUGUACGUGUCCAGCGAUGCUUCCGACGAGCCGCUCUUGAAGUCCAACAUGUUCUCUCUCGGCGGCGCCAAGUUCUUCGGUGCAGUCAACCGAAGCAUCAACCUCGGUGGACAGAGUGCUCUAGCUCUGCGUUUGCUCCUCGCCGUUUUGUCUUCAAAGAUUUCUUCCGGCGCGAACCGGCCAUUCGGAGAGGAGUUUCGAGCAGCAAGGAAGGUGUCUGAAGACAUUGGCGCUCAGCUUGUUCUUGGGGAUCGCCCAAUUGAAAUAACUCUUGAACGAGCAUGGAAGUCUCUCACCUGGGAUCAAAAAACAAAGCUAGUAAUCUCAUUGUUUCGUGGAAUUACUUCGACACCUGACACGCCGCAGGAUGAGAAAACUGCGGCCAGCCCAUACGAGUUGUAUCAGAAACUGAGCACAUCAUAUCCCUCACUGUUGCAACCUCUCAUACAUGAACGCGACAUGUUCCUUGCGUGGUCACUGAAGAGGAGCAAAGCUGUGAACAAGAGCAAAACUGUUGUCGGAGUCGUAGGGAAGGGGCACAUGAAUGGUAUAGUGUAUGCCUUGAUCUCUGAUCAAGGGGACUUGAGGUUCCGCGACCUUGUCGGCAGAGCAUCAUCUGAUACAUGGGUUAGCUCUCUCAUCAAGGGCCUGGUCAGGGACACAAUAAUAGGAUUGGUUCUCUGGGCUCUGUAUGAACAGCUGCAGGCUGUGCUAUAGAUAGUUGACAAUUUAAUUUUGCAGUCUGAAGCUUUUGUGAAUUCCGGGCCUGCUGUUUAUAUAAACUCCACAAGACCAAAUCCAAUCAUGGUAAAGGUGACAACUGUUGCACAUUUUCCAUGUCAAUUUUGGGAAUGAUCAGAGCCCUGUAAUCACAGAGCAACACAUGGAGGUGCUGUGGGUAGAGGAGGACCGGCUGGCCACAGACGUGGCUAGGGUAUAUUUGACUGUUGAUUGGCAAUUACCAGGACUAAGCUUGAUCAGUAAUGCCAUUACUGUAAUGAUCUGCAAAAGAAAAACUUUGCUGGUAAAUGCAAAUUUGUUCCAAGCAUGUUACGUACC